GCUAAAAAUCAGCAGCCGCACUUUGAAGUUACGUCAAAAGGAGUCGCGAAAGAGGAAGAGCGAGAGUGUGAGAGAGAGAGGUGGAAAGAGAGCCGUAAGAAAAUAACAACAAGGCAGAAGCACGCGAUAGGAGUAACUGUAAAUGUGAGGGGAUAAAAUAGGAGAAAGAAAUCAGCAAAAGAACUUUUCGUAUUAUUUGCUGUUGUUGCUUUCGGUUUGUUGUUUUUGGCGCGUCGUCGCCGUUUGCUUUUUUGUUUUUAUUAGUUUUAUUUAUUUUUCCUUUCCAAUUUUUUUUUGUCUUCGCUGUGCCUGUGCCUUUGUUGUUGAUUGCUGUGCAGCCGGCUUUGGUCAAAAGGGAGGGGGUGAUAAAGCGAGCAGGAAGAGGAGCCAGAGGAGGCUUAUGUAAAGUGUGCUUCGAGCGUGCUAUGGAAGCAUGUCGUCCACUUCCAGCUCCGUGCUAACGUUGUCAUCGUUUAAUCUAUUAUUUUUCACCCAAGUGCUCACGGUACUCAGCUCGACGAUCAAGUACAACGAAUACGCGACGGACAAGGGCGGCAAUGUCAGCAUACCGUGCAUAGCCCAGGGAAACAUAAUGUGGGUGAAAGAGCACGGCAACAACAGCACGAUAGUUCAGACUGGUCGUGUUCUCGUCCUGCGAAAUGUGAGCACCACGGAUGCGGGAAUCUACGUAUGCUUCGCAUCGGUGCCACGCCCAUCGACAACAGCAACAUCAGCAACUACCUCACCGCAAAAUCAGCAGGAGAAAGAGACGCGGCCACUGGAGGAUGAGGAUGGUGGCCAAGGGGAAAGCGUAUCCCCCAAGGAUGACCAGCCGAAGGAAGCCGAAAUGGAGGAGGAAGUGGAGUACCUCGCCCACCAGCGAACCAAGCUCAUCGUUCGCACUGUUCCGGGUCCAGUGUCGCAGCUAUACUUCAAGGCCUCCACCAUACUGGGCUUCCUCAUCUGGCGCUUCAAUAAGACCCAAUCCGGUGGCUAUCCGGUGCGCAGCUUUACGGCGGAGUACCGUAACGUCUCCUACAAGACCCCGCCGGCGAAUGCCAGUUUCGAGCACGCCUGGAGCAGGAUGGAUCCCAUCAACAUAGCCUUUAAUGUGCGCCAAAUGGAAGUCUAUCGCCUGGCACCCAACACCACCUAUGAGUUUCGGAUAUGGGCCAACAACGAACUGGGCAGCGGCGAGGUGGUCACCACUAAUGUGACCACGCUGCCGGAGACCAAGGAGGAGGAACUGCAAGAUGGUUGGGACAGCAUUGAGCUCAUACCGAACAUAAUACUUAAUCCCGGUUUCAGCGAGUCGGACGGCGGACCAGAGCCUGGUGGCCAAGGUCAUGUGGGCGGUGCUGGCGAUCAGGAUGCUGGGGAGGAUGACGAUGACGAUGUGGCCAUGCCAUUUCCGCGCACCAUCAUCUUUGGCCAGCACCAUCGAACGCCCCCUCCGCCGCGUUUGCAUUUGCCACCGCAGCACCACCGCCAUCAAAACCAGAGCCACCACCACCAGUAUCACCAUCAGCAGCGGCAGCAGCAGCACCACCACCACCACCUCCGGCGGCAGGACGACGAUGAUGACGACGACUACGAGGAGGAGCACGAACCCACCAUGGAGCGGUUCAAGCGCAAAGUCUCCGUCUUCUUCACCGGUCCCACCAUCAAGCGUAUUUGAGACGUAUUUGAGUACAAACACUGGUCACCAAGGUUGUUGCAUUGCGGCUUGAUUGGAGAGUUAGGAUCCACCUCCACACCAUAUACAUAGAUAUAGAAAUGAGAGAGAGAGCUUAUCGAUCGAUCGAAUAUUUCGUUUUCAUUUCGGUUUCCUGUCCAAGCUUCAACUAUGCAAUACCAAACAAAAAAAGAAACGCCACAAAUCGCCAGAAAUUUUGAUUUAUAGCUCAUUGCAUUGCUUCUAUGCCCCGAAUCACAACUAUAUAGUAUAUAUACACGUAUUAUAAAUAUAAACCAAAACAAAUAUAUUGCUGUGAUACAAAUUCAAUUGAACGAACAUUGUAAGGAUUUACCAUAAAGCACACGAAACACCAAAACCCAGCUAUUAACCAUCAUGAAUUUGCUGAAGCUCGUAGCCAUAAAGCCCACAUUGUAUUUUGUCUAGUUAAACACGCCAUCUGAGUUACAGCCACUGGAUUAUUCAGAUCCAGAUAUAGACGACAGAAUUUAGCGGACAAGUUAGCUUAGAGCCUCAAAAAUCCUCCAAAAGAGAUCUGUUACCAAGUACUAAUCAAGAUAAAUGUCCUUAUAUCUAGUCCGUUUGUCUGUUAGCCCGAACUAAUGCUUUUCUGUACUAGUAACUGGUUUUAUAAUAUUUAAAAUUAAAUUAGUCGAUUGUAACAGAUCUCUGAUAGUCCAUAUAGAUACCGGACUAUAUCGUUCGAACUUAUCCUUGUUUUGGUUCCGUUUGAAAGAUUUAACAAACUGUGAAACAAUUUUAUAAUUGAGCAAAUAUUUUGCACUGUAGAGCGCACCAAACGAUCUAUAUAUAGAUAUAUAAAUAUAUAUAUAUAUUUAAAACCGUGAAAAACGUUUGAUAAACAUUUUAAAUAAACGGCAAAAUGCCUUGUGCUUUAGUUCGGCCUCAAAGCUAAAUAAAUUGAUUAUGAUAUGAUAUAGGAAUAUUUAUUAACGUAGUUAAAGUAGCCUGAAAACCAAAUAUUCAAAGAAAUGAAAACAAAAACUGCUUCCACUCACAGUAAACAAAAUCUAAACAAUGAAAUUGUUAUAAAAGAUAAAUCAAAACUAAUUUUAAACAAGCGAAUAUUGUGAAUAUACCGAAGCAAACAAAAAAAAAAUAUAUAUAUAGAGAGAACGAUCACAAAAUGUGUGGAAUGUACAUAAAGAUAGCGAGUGGGUAUCUUAAGAAAGACUGUAGUUAAUGUUUAAGACACUUUGGCCUGCGCUUUUACCAAUUUUUUGGGGCCCAACUUGGCCCAAACUCCUUGGUUCCAACCAUAUUUUGCAUUGAUCUGCUAGAGCUACCAACAAGUAUAUAGUAUUAAUAUUUCUAACAAUUCGGAAUGUGCACUUAACUAAGCGAAGAUUGAAACUAAAAAAUCAGAAUGUGGAAACAUCCUAUUUAAAUAGAACGAAGUUAAAUAAGCAAAAGUCUCUCGCUUAAGCCCUCAUCCUAAACUCUUGGCUGUAUUUCUAAUUGUUAUCGCUUCAGGUUGAGGUUUAUUGUUAUAACGCCAGCCAGCAAUACUCCCCGCCAAAAAAAAAAAAAUACCCUAAACAAAUUAUUUUCUAAUCUGAGCCCAAGCCAUGAGUGGAAAAGAUUAGACCUCAACACCACAAAAACACCGACAACAAUAAAAUAAAUCUAAGUUUACAAAACCAAACAA